AUGCGGGUACUGACGCCCCCAUAUCACUGGGCUAUUGUCGCGAGCCCUCUGCCUUGCGAUGAUGAUAAUGUCGCACACCAGAUCCUCUACAGAGGCUCGAUUCCCGCGGCCCGCAAUGCAGCGUUCGUGAGGCGACUCGGGGUCAAGACGCUCAUCUGCAUGCGGAAGAAGCCAUUGAAGGAGACAGACCCGUUUCUGAACUGGGCGAGCAAGAACGGCAUCAACGUCGUCUGGGUUAAGGCUGAUAAGAUGGGAGAAGAGACGUUGGGUAUGGACCGCGACGAGGUCACCGAGGUGCUAAAGACCCUUCCCUCUAUCCGAUCUACCUGGCAGACAUCGACGGCAACUCCCACACCACGCUGGUCGUUGCGGCUCUCCGCAAGCUGCAGGGAUGGGCGCCAGAUAGUAUCGAAGGCGAGGUUUGAGCCCGACCACGAUGAUCUGCCGCUCGCGCCCUUCAUCACCUCCUACUUGUCAACAUCGGCACCCAGCAAAGACGACACGACAAGUUUCUGUCUUCCCGAUCCUCCGUACCCAUGCUGGCUGUGGCCCACGCCGCCGGCUCCGAUCCAGCCUGCAGCUCGCAAGGAUCAGCCAACGAAUGGACCACGCAACGAGCGGGCGACCUCAUCGGCUUCCACUUCGAGUGCGGGCUCUACGGCGUUCCCCUUCCCAAACCCGUUGACGGCUCGCCGACACCCAUCCAUGCGUCUGACCUUCCCCGCGGUCCCGGAGAACUCGACUGCCAAAACCAGUCGCGGACCGCCGAUCGGCGUACCCCUGUCGCGGGCGAUCACUCUGGACCGAACCAGAACCUUGUCGCCAUCCGAGAACCAACGCGAUCGCGACGACUCGAUGGAUUCGCGCGCCUCACAGAAAGUUUCGUUCAACGACGCCCUCAUGGGUCCCGGACCCGUACAAGAUGGCUACCCAACAUCGCGCUGGGGCGGCGGACCGGAGCACACAAGUCCAGAGGACACCAAGCGGUCUUUGGACGAUGAAGAAGACGACGGAAUGGACAUCGGAGACGAGGAGGAUGAUACGGAGGAGGAUUCGGGCCCAUCCCUCUCUGGCAGCGAGGCCGAUGAGGAGGAUGAGGAUGAGGAUAGCUUCGAGGACGAAGAAGACGAUGAUGAGGAAGAGGACGAGGAGGAGGAGGAGCCGCCAGUAUCACAGUACAUCAGUGCUCUCGAUCUGGCGGGAUACUAG